UAUUAAUAUGGAUAAGACGGAUAGAGAGGCGGACGAACGUAACCGAGCCAGUACAGUAUUAUAUGGUGUAUCAGACAUACCGCCAUGGCACAUCACGUUAUUACUUGGUUGUCAGGUCUUCCUAACAUGUUUAGGAGGAACAUUUGCCUACCCCCUGAUUAUAUCUGGAGCAUUAUGUUUAGAAGGUGAUACACUAGGCCUAGCCCAGGUUAUUGGUACAGUAAUAUUUGUAUCUGGACUUUCAACUCUGAUACAAACAUUCUUUGGUAUACGGUUGCCAAUCGUUCAAAGUUGUAGUCCGGCUUUUAUUACUCCGGUCUUCUCUCUGAUGGCUAUAUACAAACCAACAGACUGUCCUUUCAAUAUUAAAAAUUACAAUGAAACUUUACCAGAAAUAGGAGGACCUGUUCAUCGAGAGAUCUGGCAAACCAGAAUCAUUGAGGUGACUGGAGCCAUUAUGAUAGCAUCUUUAUUUCAACUAGUUAUUGGUUGUAGUGGAUUACUAGGUGUUAUGUUGAGGUUUAUUGGACCACUAACUGUAACACCAACUAUCGCCAUGAUAGGAUUGUCCAUCUUUAAUCCUGCUUAUCAGAAAAGUGAAAACCAAUGGUGGAUUGCUAUCACGACGGUUGCUUUGAUAGUAAUCUUUUCACAAUAUAUUAUGUUAGCUAUAGUAACAGCUUGGGUUAUAUGUAUUAUACUAACGGCUAGUGGUGCCUUACCAGAUGAUAAAAAUGGUUGGGGCUAUAAGGCUCGAACAGAUGUUAAGAUUGCUGUUUUAGAAAAAGCUGAUUGGUUUAGAUUUCCUUACCCUGGACAAUGGGGAAUGCCAACUAUUAGUCUUGCUGGUGUUUUUGGUAUGUUAGCUGGAGUAUUUGCCACUAUAGUUGAAUCGGUAGGUGAUUAUUAUGCAUGUGCAAGAUUAGCCAAUGCUCCACCACCACCAGGGAGUGCUGUUAGCAGAGGUAUUGGAAUGGAAGGGGUAGCCUGUGUAAUUGGUGCUGGUAUUGGAUCGCCAGGAUGCACCACAUCCUACAGUGAAAAUAUUGGUGCGAUUGGCAUUACAAAGGUUGGAAGUCGAAUUGUAACACAAGUGGGUGCAGUUAUAAUGCUGUUUUUGGGCUGUUUUACCAAAUUUGGAGCAUUAUUUGUUACUCUACCAGAUUCUAUUGUUGGUGGACUAUUUUUCGUCAUGUUUGGUAUGGUGACUGCAGUUGGUCUCUCUAAUUUACAAUUUGUGAAUCUUAACUCUUCUAGAAAUCUAUUUGUUAUUGGUGUUCCGUUGGUGUUUGCAUUAUCUGUACCAACCUGGUUGAAAAUACAAUCUUCCUCGCCUAUAAGUACAGGCAGUGUUUUUGUUGAUCAGAUAUUUACAGUAUUAUUGAGUACCAACAUGUUUGUGGCAGGUUUAUUGGCAUUUUUCUUAGAUAACACAAUUCCAGGGUCUGACGAAGAAAGGGGAAUAAAAGCUUGGCGGGAAACGGACAAACAUGAUUCAGACGACGGCAGUUCAUCACAUGUUUAUGAUAUACCAUUUUUACAAAAAUAUCUAGACAAAUUAGCAUGCUCAAAAUAUGUUCCUAUCUUACCCAAUUUCAAGGGAGAUAAAUCUGACUCUACCGUAACCGGAUGUUGCAAACAAUGUCGAUCACCAAGUUUUAAAGAACCGGAAGUGUACGUUUAA